CCGCCCCGCCCCCACCCCUCCUUCUCCGCGUUGACCCUUCAGUUCCUGUCCUGAAAAGUGUCUGAUUGAGUGUCCGCCGAUCCAGCACUUUGUCCCGAGUGACUGGCGUUCAGCCAGCGCCAUCAUUGCGCCCAGAGGCAUGUGGCACCCCAUGGCAUCACCCGCAACUGGAGGCAGCCCUGAGAGGGAAAUAGGUUAUGGUCACUACUCUACAGGGCCGAUGGGCACAGUCCACGGCCAUCCUCCUUCGAUGGGUGGCAUGGUGGGCCACCCAUCAGUCAUCAGCACCUCCAGGCCCUUACCAUCCCCGAUGUCCACCUUGGGCUCACCGAUGAACGGCCUGGCCUCGCCCUACCCCGUCAUCACAUCGUCUCUGGGCUCGCCCUCUAUCUCGCUGCAGUCUGCUCCCAACAUGAACUUUGGACCACUCAACAGCCCACAGAUGAACUCUAUGAACAGUGUAAGCAGCUCAGAGGACAUCAAGCCCCCGCCGGGCCUGCAGAACCUGGGAAACAUCAACUACCAGUGUACGAGCCCGGGGGGGAUGUCAAAACACAUCUGCGCCAUUUGCGGAGACCGAUCGUCAGGAAAGCACUACGGCGUGUACAGCUGCGAAGGAUGCAAAGGCUUCUUCAAGAGGACCGUCCGCAAAGACCUCACCUACACGUGUCGAGACAACAAGGAGUGCCUGAUUGACAAGCGCCAGCGGAACCGCUGCCAGUACUGUCGCUACCAAAAGUGCCUGGCCAUGGGCAUGAAGAGAGAAGCGGUGCAGGAAGAGAGGCAGCGUGGGAAAGAGCGGGGGGAGAAUGAGGUGGAAUCUACCAGCAGUUUCAACGACGACAUGCCCGUGGACAAGAUCCUGGACGCAGAGUUGGCUGUGGAGCCCAAAACAGAGACGUACAGCGACGGAAGCCCGGGGAACUCAACCAAUGACCCAGUCACCAAUAUCUGCCAAGCGGCAGACAAGCAGCUCUUCACCCUGGUGGAGUGGGCCAAAAGGAUCCCCCACUUCUCCGAACUCCCCCUUGAUGACCAGGUCAUCCUUCUACGAGCAGGCUGGAAUGAGCUGCUCAUCGCCUCGUUCUCGCAUCGGUCGGUCACGGUUAAAGACGGCAUCCUGUUGGCCACAGGUCUUCACGUGCAUAGAAGCAGCGCCCACAGUGCUGGAGUGGGCUCCAUCUUUGAUAGAGUCCUGACAGAGUUGGUAUCUAAAAUGAAAGAUAUGCAGAUGGAUAAGACGGAGCUCGGCUGUCUGCGCGCUAUCGUCCUCUUUAACCCAGAUGCAAAAGGUUUGUCAAACCCACCAGAGGUUGAGGGGCUAAGGGAAAAGGUCUACGCCUCAUUGGAGUCGUAUACAAAACAGAAGUACCCUGACCAGCCGGGCAGGUUUGCCAAACUGCUGCUCCGCCUGCCCGCCCUGCGCUCCAUCGGCCUCAAGUGUCUGGAGCAUCUGUUCUUCUUCAAGCUGAUCGGGGACACACCUAUUGACACCUUCCUGAUGGAGAUGCUGGAGGCUCCUCAUCAGAUCACAUGACACCAGUCUUCCCCUUCCCCUGUAUAUAUUCCCGCGUUGUGAGCGAUAAGAAGAUAAAAAAGACUUGAUUGAAAUUGUAAAACAGCUUAUUUUGUACCAAGUAAAAACAAAAAAAAUGUCAUUUUGUGGUUGAGGGGAGGUUGCAGUUGUGAGACAGACGAUGGAGUACUCUGUCAACAUAAAUUCUAAUAGAGUUGUUAACAGAUUUUGUAAAUAGGUAAUUUCAGGUGUUCCUUUUAAGAAUCACCCAAUGCAAUUUCAAAAGAAAAGAAAAUCAUAUUUUAUUCAGCACAAUUGUAUAAAAACAGAAACCAUCCCUACAUUUCUUAAACACACAUUUAAGAAUUCUUACAGAAUAAAGUUAUUUAAAAUGUAUUUGAGAGGUGUUGUGUGUAUUUUCUUAUUGGCUGAUCUGAUCAGAUUUUACCAGCUCUGCGCUUUUAAAAGCAAGAGCAAAACUGCUGUUCCUUCCGUCCACCAGAUGGCGUCCACAGGGUGUGAUCAUGACAUGACAGAUGCUGCUUCACGGCAUCUUCGAAGUCAUCUGUCCGCAGAUUCCUGUGUCCUCCUCAUGCUUUUAGUCUGGUAGAGCUAAAGGGACCGAGCCUCUGUGGGCUUCGGCGUCAGGCCUCCUUUACACUAUUGGGACUGCUGGUUGUGUUACAUAGAAAUAUACAAAGACCAAUGAAAACAGGACUGUAUGAAAAUCAGUGAAAGUGUUGACUUGUCAGUAACAAAGGCUGCAAUAAAAGAUGUUUAUUUUAUUACUA